AUGAAGUUGGUAACUGUGUUUCUGCUGGUGACCAUUAGCAUUUGCACUUACUCAGCUACUGCCUUCCUUUCCAACAGUUUGCCAGAUGCUGUCAACAAAGCCUUACCUUUAGCUGUGGACAACAUUCUCCCCUUUGUGGAUCUGUUAAAGCUUCUUCUGAAAACUCUGGGCAUUUCUGUUGAGCCUGUGGAAGGGCUAAGAAAGUGUGUAAAUGAGCUGGGACCAGAGGCCGCUGAGGUAGUGAAGAAACUACUGGUUCCUAUAGGUUGUGGGCUUAUUUGUCAAUGA